UUACUAAGGCCCAAGCAAGAAUGGAUGAUGAGGAACAGAGACACAAGCCUUUUGUAACCAUUCUUGACUGCAGGCCUCCCUAUAUUCAGAAGGCCCAACCACCGCAAAGGGGAAGAACCUUAACACUACAUCACAUGCAGAGGUUUGAAGAUUAUAUGGAACUGGACGUUUUUGUAACUCUUCUAAGAACGUUUAUCACCUGUGAGUGACCAGAAAGUUCUGAAGCCUGCCACAAUUUUCCUCCAGACAGCAGCCUACCAAGUACAAAAUAAGCUCCUCUCCCUGCUUCCCACUCGCGUCAGGGCUCCUUUGUGCCCUCUGCUGGUCAAUGGCGGCAGGACCAAGUGUUCUGGUUGCUAUGGCUACCGAGUCAACGCGGUAACCAAGGAGACCGAGGCGGAAGCUCCGGAUAGCUCCAGCAGGCGGUGGUGACGCAGGCGGCUGGGGUCUCCAGAAAGAGAAGUUUACUUUUGAUGGAAGAAAUCUGCAUCGUAGAGGUGGCCUUCCAACCUGGCAAUGAAUGGAAUAAAACUUGAUGUUUUUGCAAAUCACAAUAAUUUUUAGAUAAUAUCAAGACGGGGGGGGGGGAAAAGGCAGUAAUCAUGAACACCAAAGAUUUUGUAGUUCUUCCAUGGGGGAAACCUGGAAAUUCCGUAAAACUAAAAUACAAAAAUGCUCAGGAACUGAGGAUGGAGAAGAUACAGUUAGAGUUGGAGAACCAACAAAUGGAAAAGAAACUACAGGAAUUCCAAUCAAUUUGGAGCAGAGAAAAGGAAGAAAGAGGGUCAAGUGGAUAUCACUGGAAAUCUGGGCAAGUGGGAAAAUGGAGUAAUCAAUCACACAUAAUGUCACAAAGUAAAGGAAAUAUUAUUAAGCUUUCUGCUGGAAAAGUGAAAUUAAAAUUACUAAAGGAGCAACUUCAAGAGCCAGUGAAACAACCACUUAAUCAUAAAAUGGCCAGUUCUUCUGAAAGUGAAAAAUCCAAGAUAAAAGGGAAGGUUUGUGGACAGUGUGAGAACAAAGCUGCUGUGCUGGUAUGCCUUGAGUGUGGCGAAGAUUAUUGCUCAGGUUGCUUUGCUAAAAUUCACCAGAAGGGGGCACUGAAGCUCCAUAGAACAACUCUUUUGCAGGCAAAAUCUCAAAUAUUAUCCAAUGUAUUGGAUGUUGCCCAUCAGUUUAUCAAGGAUAUUAAUCCAGAUGAACAGAAAGGGGAGAAUAAUUCUGUAAAAGAGAUUAGUAAAAGUCAGCAUAAACCCAGAUCUCUUCCUCUGCAGGGGAGCAAUUCUGAGGUAGACGUUCCAACCACAAAAAGAACAGAAUGUUCAAAUCCAAGAGAUAGGCUCCUGUGUGAAGGGUCAUUUGAUGAAGAAGCUUCUUCCCAGUCCUUUCAGGAAGCUUUAAAUCAAUGGAGAACUGGACACCAUGAUGACAACGAGAGUCAGAACUUAUGUGCGGCAAAAGCAGACUCGUUGGGAGAAUGUGAAGUACAAACUAAUCUGAAAAUUUGGAGAGAACCACUCAAUAUUGAAUUUAAAGAAGACAGUCUUUCGUAUAUGGAAAAAUUAUGGCUUAAAAAACACAGAAGAACUCCACAGGAGCAACUUCGAAACAUGCUGCCAGAUGCAUUCAUACCUCAAUGUAACACUGCUGGUGAGGCACAGUGUUCCCAGAAUGAAAGUGAUGAAGACAGUGAUGUUGAGGAGACCAAACAAUACCCAGCACUUUUUCUGCCAGUAGAAGAAUUUAACAUAGAGAGACCCGAGCCAUCUCUAAAUAUAGUUGAACUGGAUGAUACUUAUGAAGAGGAAUUUGAAGAACCAGGAAACACAGUGCCCUACAAAGUUGAGUUAGCAGAUGUAGACAGUCAACAAAGUUGCACGUUUCGUAAUUAUCAGAAUACUUUUCUAUAUGAAAAUGACAUUCAUCAACAUCAUGUUUUCACCAAGGGAAAAGCAGACCUCUUACAUCUUCAUCUGAACAACAGCUCUUCGUCCUGUAAAAAUAACUCAAAAGCAGUAACUUCAGAUACAAAAUUUGACACCAUUGUGGAUCCUGAUGUUUAUUCUCCUGACACUGAAAAGUUAGGGGAAAGCAGCUUUUUUGAAAGAAAUUUCAAGGAGAAAACUAUAGAUAUGGAAAGUAAUCAAAAGUCUGAUGAUUCCUGCAUAUCACUUGAGAGCAAGGAUUCUUUGCCAAGUAUAGGUUUAGAAAAACCUUCCAUUAAGGAGCAAUUAUCUCAGGACAUCAAAGAAUCCUUGGAAUUUAGCAAUCUGCAUGAGAGGCCAAACCCUGAAGAUUCUAAAACUACAGAGUCACCACUGUUGUUACGAGAAAUAGCCCUCAGAAGUAAGCCUAUAACUGAACAAUAUCAAGGACUUGAAAGAUUCUUUGUUUUUGAUAAAAAUGAGAGACUCAACUUACUUCCUUCUCAUAGCUUAGAAUGCAGCUAUUCCAGUACUAGGAUUACAACUGCAGGAGACCGAGAGUGGAUGCCAGGCCACAGCAUAAGUGCCUCGGCUGAUCACGCAGUUGUCUUGGGUGUUGUGCAGACUGCCCAGAACCUGUCCACGAGCAGAACACAGCGAAAGAGGGGGGAGAUAUCACAGAGACCUUCAACAGCACAUAUACCCCUUUCCAACUCUGUGAAAAAAAGCUCCGGUUGCCUCUUCUCCCAUCCUCGAUCAAGAAGUGCAGCUGUUCGAUCGUUAUCUAGAGCUGCUUCUGAAAUUUCAGAAAUUGAAUACAUUGAUAUUACUGACCACACUGAGCCUUUCUUAGAUGACACUGCUGAUCAGCAAACCUUAGACAAUUUGGAAAAAGAAUUAAAUGUGCUGGGAAAUCUUGCAGAUCCUUCAGAAAAACUUUACAGUCUAACCUCAGAAGAGUUACCAGCCUUCAACAACCACUUGCUGGACAUAAGUCAGACUACCGGAGAUUUCCUUAAGAGCUCAAGUGCCGGAGGCCUCUGUGGAGUUGAGGAACAGAGCUCUUCUGAAAAAGAUACUGAAAUUCAGUCUUUGCUGACACUUUCUGAAAGCAGCACGGAGGAGGAGGAGGAAGAGGAUUUUCUUGACCGGCAACACGUCAUCACACUCCCAUAAUCAAAGAGUGCCUAAUGAUAAUGAUCAUUUGUUCAUUACGUUUUCCAUUUGGUACCCAGAGUAAAGCAAACAGCUGAAAAAAGUGACCAAGUGAUUACUUGUCCCCGGUGCUGGAGAUUUGAUUGUUAAUAUUUCUGAUAUUUCAAGAUUGGCAGACUAAUAAAAAUCAGUGAAAUUGUAAGUUCAAGGGCUUUUUCUUCCAAACGAUUUAUUGUAUGUCAAACGCUGAUCUGUAUUACACACAAUAUUAGUAAAAUUUGGUGAAUUUUAAAAACGAACAGUUAUAAUUAUGUCUCUAGAACUUAUUAUAGGUUAGAACAUGAUUGCAUUUAAAGUAAUAUUGGAUGGUUGAAUUAUAUUUUAAGCAAUUAUGUCAUCAGUAAGAGCAUACAUUUGAUGGCCAUAGCAUUAAUUGAGCCUGGAAUCCGUGUUUUGCUUUGGUAAUUACUGUUUCGUUUUGUUAUGUUUCGUUUUGUUUCGGUUAGGGUUUUUGAAAUUCACACAAGUUCUGGUAGCUUCAAAAGUUGCUGCCAGAAGAGAAAAAAGAAGACCCAAAAUAAAGCAAACAUAACACUUGUCAUUCUAGUAUGACACAAAAACUUAUACUAGAAAACACAGAACCCGCCCCCACCACCUCCCACAAACAUCUUACUUUGGGCGGGUCACUGUGAUGGUUAAUUUUUUGUCAAUUUGGCCACACUGUGGUACCCAGAUAUUUGCUAAAACUUUACUCUGGAUGUUUCUGUGAAUGCAUUUUUGAGGUGAGAUCAACAUUUAAAUCAAUAGACUUUGAGUAAAGCUGAUUAGUCAUAGUGGUGUGUGUGGAUGUCAUCUAAUCAGCUUGAAAGUCUUUUUUUAAAAAAUUUUUUUAAUGUUUAU